AAACAAAGCUCCACGGGAUUCCGCACAGAAUAAUUUCUCGCUUGCUAGGGUUUACUUUUCGAACUUUCUCCACUGUUGGUUGCUCUUCGACUUCGCUUCUUCGCGUGAAAGGUAGAGUUUUGAACGAGUUGCUGAAUAACUUCUUUGCCUCCUUCGACGCCGUUCCUCCCUGUCGGAUCCGAAGUCACACGUCCUCGCCGUUCUUCUGUUGGAUCGGAAGCAAUGACAACGAAGGUAGCUUGUUCGUUGCGAAGGUAGCCAUCUUUCUUCCUUUCGCGCCCUUCUUCCCAAAAAGAGGGAAACGAAGGAUUUAUGCUUAAAUCCUGCUAGAAAACACCCCCAAAAAUCCGUCUCCCUGUCUCAUGCUUCUUGCGGUCGUCAAGUAUAAUGGCGUGCUCGCAUUCUACUGUAUCCGCAAAAUCCCGCAUCAAGCGGAAAAAACUCCUAGUGAAUUCUGAAAAACAUAUGCAACCGCAAGAAGAAGACCGAGACGAGGGUAGCAACCUGAAAAAGAUCAAGCUUUGCGAGUCCUGGGAGAAUCUUGAUCUCAUCCUUACCCUACAAAGCAAAGAUAUUCAUCUUCAAAGGAAGAUAGAAGCUUCUUUCGAUUUUGCUAGCUCGAAAGCGAGUGACUGUGAUGGGAAUCUGCAGCCUGUUUCAUUUUCACGGGCUCUGCGCUACGUUUUUGAUUGGAUGCAAUCCCUUUUGAUGUUUACAGACCGAAACAGGAAAAGCCGCGAGCUAUUGGAUCCUUGCCUGGACUACAGAUGCUGGGCCGUAAUCAGAUCCUGCUCAGAGAAGUUCUCAGCGGCAGCUUCCCCCAAUUUAUUUAGAGCUUUAAUGCCUGUUUUGAAGCAAGCGCUGCUCUUACUGGAUGCCAAAUCUAAUUUUGGAGUAGAAUCCAGCCAACUCUUUGAGAAUACUUUACAGUGCCUCUCGUCACUGCUUGCUUUCAAUUCAAGAGCUUUUUACAAUGUGGGCGUGGAUUUAUGGAUUUCAUGUGUUGCUGACGUUCUCAAUAUUGUCAGUAGAGUUUCUAGCAGGGAAAAGCAGGCAUAUUCUCCCUCUAAAAUCCUUCUAGAUAUUUCGGCACUUUUGCUCGAGCACUUUGCUAGUUUUCUGAGAUUCCAUCCAAACCCAAAGAACAUAUUCCGUGUUUUUGUAGAGAGGCUACUUGAGCAAUUGUUUGAGGUGUUUGUUCUGGUGCAGCUGAGAACCAAAGAUAGUUGUUGUGAGCAAUUUGCAAUCAUGCUAAAGAUUGUUGAAGAUGUUAUGUCGAACGGGUUGUUUCAUCCUUAUCAUAUUAGUGGUUUUCUAAGCUCAAGGAGUUCAAAUGUCGGGCAGGAGGGGAAAGCAAGAGUACCUAACGAGAGCUAUCACAGGCACUUAUAUAGGAAACUAGAGAAUGUCAUACAAGGGAAAAAGGUAACAGCAUUGGGCGGGUUUGCGUGCUUACUGCGUUUGUUUGCAAGUAAAGUCAAAGGUCACCAUGGGUCUUCUCUGUCAUUUAGAGGGCGUCAGGUAUUGAAAAAGGGUGAUGCAGUCACUGGAGAUGCUCAGGAAGCAAGCAUACCUCUGUUUGAAGUGUUUAUUCAGUUUAUGAAACCUCUCUUGGAUGAGUGUAAACAUUGUGCAGAAAAUGAAUUAUCCAUAAUGUCAGGGGCCUCAGAACACGGGUUAGUAGAAUUGCAUUGCAUGCUUAGAUCCGUGAAUGAGACUCUUGACAGCUUCAUUCAGGAGAAAAUAUAUGUUCGCACAGAGGACACAACUGAAGGCAAACAUUAUUGUUUUCUGAAAGAAAUUUAUGAUACGUUUUACUCUAUUUCAAUAAAGUUGCAUUUUUUUUGGUUGUCUGAAUUACAAAUGGGCGAUGAAGUAAAAAAGAUGCUUCCUUUGAUAGCGAGGGAAAUUUUUGUAGGAGUUGGUUACUUUUUGGAAAUUGAAUACAGGGUUUUUGAUGAUGAUCUAGUAAUUGUAUGGCUUAUGUUGUUGUCAUUCUUGGCUGUUAAUUUAUCUAGUACCGAUGCCAAGCCUUGUUCGUUGCUGAUGAAUGAGAUUUUGAGCGUUGGAUGCAAACUUAUCAAUGUCUACAGUGAACUUCGCCAGGUUUAUGUUCCUCUAUUUGCAUUGUGUAGAGCUGUGAGAUUCCUCAUAUAUACUAGUGAUUGUAUAACAGAUGUGUAUAAGGUAUUUUCCUCUUCGUCUUUAUCUUCUCAGUUGUGCUUGGAAGCAGCAAAAGCUUUGGUCUGCUCACAAGACCUACGGCUCACUAUCGCCAAUGCUGUAAAGUCCGUGCCAGAAGGGCAGUCUAGUAAUUGCAUUCAACAGAUGAAUUUAGACAUAGCUGAUGCAUUGGAAUGGAUCAGACAUAAUUCAUUUUCUGUAGAUAUAGAAUCCCUGGUUGAAGAUAGAACAGCCAAUGUUUGCAUGCUUGAUAUGGAUAUUCAAGCCGAAGUGUUGGGAAGGAUUCUCUCUGAAAUAUAUGCAACUGUGCUGGAGUUCUUGAGCAUUACUGCAACAAACAGCAUAUUGAUUGGGAACUCUUUAAAGAACUUGAUCAAAACAUUAAGGCCUAGCUUAGGUUGUUUUUUGCAGACUCAAUCAGAUAAUGUUAAUGAUUUUUUUUUCUCCAUCACUGGCAGAAAAUUAUCAAAUCCUGAAUUUAUUGAAAAUGGAAACAUUUCACAGGUAAAAUUGCAGAGUACGUGUUGGCUUUUUCUAUUUUUCUUCCGAAUGUAUGCUUCCUCCAGAAGUUUGUACAAGCAAUCAAUUAGCCUUAUGCCACCUGAUUUAUCGUAUAAGGCAUCGGAAUCCUUGGGCGACCUCUUUACAGCGUCUUGUUGUAUGGAUUGGGUGGAAAAAUCUGAGAAAAUGGAUGGAGGGUAUUUUUCGUGGAUAGCCACGUCUUCAAUUUCACUUCCUGAGGCCAUUAAAAUUCUUUCAGAAGAUCUUCUUUCAAGCAGUUUUGCAGCUUAUGCUCCACUUGUUUAUAUAUUGCAAGUCAUUACUAUACAGAGGCUCAGUGAUUUGAGCAGGUUGAUCAAGGCUUUUGAAUAUUUUCACAAAAAAGCCCAAAUGCAAUUGCAAGAUGAUACCACCACACAGAGAUCAGUGAAAGUGUGGAAACGUUUUAUUGCACGAUCAAGGAAGGAGGCUGUGGAGCUAACAAAUUUUAUGACAGGUACUCUAUCUUUAUUGGAUUCAAUGGGACCAUUUGGAAAGUUUGAUGGAUGUGGUAAGACCAGCUGUGAAUCUGAAGGUGAAUGGGAUCGGAGUGUUUGCUCUCUGGAUGAGAAGUCGUUACAUGUUGCAAUUUGGUGGCUAUUCUGCCAGAACUUUGACGUGUGGUGUGCUCAUUCCACUAAGAAGCACCUAAAGAAGUUCGUCUCAUAUUUGUUUCUUUAUUCAUUGCCAUGUGGCCCAUGUCUGAGUAAUCACAGAGAUGUCAAGGAUGAUAGCAUGAAAAAGUAUUUCUGCCACACUGUUACUCUGCACCGGAUUUCGCUGGAGUUGCUCCAAGAUACUAAUUUAUAUGAACAAAUGACGACAUACACAAAGUUUUCAUCUAGAUUUUGCCAUCUUAUAAAGAAAUUGUUGUCUCCCAUUUUGUUGGACAACUCAACAAACAAUCUAGACUUGCGUUCCUUGCCAAACUGGGUGGAGUUCCUGAAUAUUUUGGAGAAGGGGUCAGUAAUGAUUAAAGAAAAUGAUGGUCUUGAUUUGCAUGAUGGGUCUUCAUUGUCAGGAUCCGUUUCAGUUCUGCCAAGGAUGAUAUACUUGGAACAUAGCAACAGGCAGACAUCAUAUUCAUUCAGCUUGGAGUUAAAAGCCUGUGAAACCUUAUUUAAUCUCUUUUGCAAAAUGCCCAAAUUCUAUGGCAACGCAAAAUUAUUCUCACGUUAUGCAACUUAUAUGCUCAACAUUGAAAGGCAUUUGCUAUCCAACUUACUAAAUCAUCAAGAUGAAUCUUACACAUAUGACCCAUUUGAGUUGUUGAGGUUGUUUGUGUCUUGCCGAAGGGCUAUGAAAUAUCUUGUGAUGGGAUCAGCCGAGAAAUUAGGUGUCAUAGAGUUAAGAUCCAUCUGUGUUGUUUUUGAUUGCUCAUCAUCUAUUUUAUGGCUUUUUAAGUCAGUAUACAAUGUUGCUGGACUUCCAAAUGAAUUUUUUGGGGAGAGAGAUUCUACUCUGGUGCAUGACAUGAUUUAUUCUUUGAUAGAUCACACAUCUUAUGUAAUGCUGAAAAUUAGCGAAGCAAAAGCUUUUGCUACUUUGCAUUUCCUAUUGAAGGAGAUGUUUAACAAAGAUCAGAUGUCACCAAAUCAUCACGGUUUGAAUGAUAAUGACAGUUCCCCUAGAUCCUUCCAAACUUGUGAUGACUGGGAGCAUGUGGAACCGAUUGCCGAGGUUUUAAAGGAACAUGCAGAAAAGUUUUAUAUUACCUUGAAAAGUUGUGUUAAUUCUGUUAAUCUAGAUGCCUGUAGCAACAGUCCGGAGUGGAAUAAAUUUUCUUCUGUCAUUUCUUGUUUUCAAGCGCUCUUGUUGGGCCUAACAUCAGCUUGUGAUAGCAUGUUCAAGGAAAUGACCUUAGAGAUUCGGCAAAUUUCAAGCUUGACGCUAUAUUUUGUCUCUAAACUUAGCAAUCAUAUUGCUGUUUUUGAUGACCUUAUAAACUUAUGCUUGAAGUUGAUGGUUUUAGAUGACAGACAAGCGAUUGAAAAUGUCUUAAAUGACCAAGAUGAUACUUCAAUGUUAGACUGUGUUGAAAGAACAAUGAAAUUGUAUACACCUAUUGGUACAGCUAAACUUUCCUGCUGUCCAAGUGAACAUACUAAGAAAGAUAAUGCUAUAGUGGGAGAGGAAAUUAAAUCCUUUCAGUCUGCUUCGGGUUCUGCAAGUAGAAAGGAAAGAUCAGAAGCUUCUACCAUCAGGAAACAAAGCUCACCAGCUUCCCACAUGAAGUGGGCCAUUGAUUUCUUCCAUUUAAUAAAUAAAUUUGAUAUACAGAAAUUUAGAAUCUCCAGUGGAUCAUUGUUACCACGUUUACUUAAUGAUAUGAGUCCUCAGGUAGCUUUUAUACUCAGACAGAUCUUUACUACAUCUGCAACAAUUCUGAGGAUUAAGUGUAUGCCAUCAUAUGAUACACAUUUGAAAGACCAACCUUAUAAUGAUCGAUCUGUUUUGAUUUCUACAGUUGUUAUGUUUGAAACUUCUUAUAUUAUCUUGCAAGAGUUGUCUGAAAUGAUUGGCCCACCAUGCUGGCUUUCUUUUGCUUGGUUGGAUGGAGUGCUAACAUAUUUUGAAGUUGUUGGGAGUCUAUUUAACUUUGUUGAGCCGGAUAUUUCAAAAGAUGUUUAUACCCAUUUAAUUGACUUGCAUUUGAAGGCCAUGGGGAAAUGUAUUAGUUUACAGGGAAAAACUGCAACUUUAUCUUAUCAUGAUAUGGUUUCAGAUACAAAGAUGCUUGAAGUACAAAAUGAAACAAGCUGGAAUUCUUUGAGAUCUCUUCAGCAUGGAAAAUAUGGCUUUGUCGCAUUUAAGACUAAGCUGAGAAUGUCAAUCAAAAAGUAUAUAAUGAUACCGUCAGUGGUUUAUCUGAAGAUGUCCAUUCAAGUAAUUGAAAGAAAGUUGGUUGGUGUGAGGCAAGACUACACAUCAAUUUAUGAAUUAAACACAGGAAAUAUGGAUGGGGGAAUGGUCUCCUCAGAUUCUGCUGCUAGUAUUGAAUGCUUUGAGUUGAUUCUUGAAACCUUUUCAGGUGCUUCUCAGUCUGGGCACAAUAAAUUUCUUAAGAAAAGCAUGCCGAACUUAGUUGGUGCCAUAAUCAACAUAGUUUUGCACCUUCAAAAACCAUCAAUCUUCUAUGUGGAAAAAUUUUGCCACAAUAAAAGUAAGGUUGAUACGGAUGCAGGUGCAGUCAUUCUUAAAUGUAUCGAGGUUCUUACGAAAGUUGUUGGAAGACGUUCAUUCCACAUGGACUCAAGCUUUGUUAGCCAGUAUUUCCACAUACCAAUGGCCCUCUUCACUGGAUUUCGUAAGCUCAUGGCUUCUCGUGUUUCACAGAAUUCUUCUAUAUUCUUUUGUAACAAAGAAAGCACUCCUUUGGCUGGUAGGAAACUGUAUGUUUUAGACCAUCAGUUUUCUAUUGAGCUGUAUACUUCAUGCUGUAGAUUGAUGUGCUCCACUAUUAAGAACCAAAAAAGUGAAGCUGAGCGAUGCAUUCAUCUGCUUGAGGAAUCAUUGAGCACUAUGCUAAGCUGUUUGGAGGUUGUGGACUCUGACACUGCUAAAAGAGAGGGAUAUGUUUCUUGGGAACUAGGGGAGGCAAUAAAAUGUGCUAGCUUUCUCAGGAGGAUUUAUGAAGAGAUUCGACAUCAAAAGGAUGUUCUUGGAAAGUAUGCUUUUCUCCUCCUUUCCAAUUAUAUUUCUACCUUUUCAGGGUGCGGCCCUUCUAAAGGUGUCAUUAGAAGCAGAGAGAUUGAUGAAGCAUUAAGGCCAGGUGUAUAUUCCUUGAUAGAUAUAUGCACACGUGAUGACCUUCAACAGCUACACAGUUUACUUAGUGAGGGCGCAUGUAGGAGUACUCUUGCGACUUUGUUACAUGACUACAAACAAAAUUUCCUAUAUGAAGGAAAAAUAUAAUCCAUAGCCUCAAGUAUUUGGUGUUGCUCUUGCAAGUUCCUGCUGUUGCUUGCAUAAGAUUGAGAUUAUGAUAUCUAUGUCCCAAGCUAAUUUUGAGAAAGAGCUCAUUGAUUAUUCAUUGUUGAAGACAGAAACGUGGCCCUCUCAACCAUAUAAGGUUCAAUAACAUGAGAUGCAGAUCUUGCACCACAUUACACAAAAAUUUGGGCAACAUGCGCUUACACACGAUGCUCCUACUGAUGUUUCAACGGUCAUAUGAGGUUUCACAUCAGAAAUAAUAUUUAUCUACUUGAUUACUUGACUACAUGAUAUUUUGAAGGUAUCUUCUUUGGCUUCUUUGUUUUGGCGGUUAAGAAGCACUUAAUUGUAUUUUUUUUUGGUAUUGAUCUCAAGUACAAUUAAAUGUAGUUCUUAUAUUAUAUUUGAAAUAAUUUUAGCAUGAUCUAAACUUAUAAAGUCUUGAUUUUAUACAAGUAUGCUUAAUUUAUAAGUUA